AUGGAGAUGCCAGAAGACGACCUAAUCGACAAGCUGCUGGCUCAGCUGCCUGCGCCUUACCCACUCUCGACCAGUCGCAGCGGCAAUGAGACGUCGCUGUUGUCGGUCAGGAGGGAGAGAACCGGUGAAAUUGCUUCCACCCCCGCCGCCAGCAGUUCGCCGUUGAAUCCCGGCCGCAAAGGGGGUUUGGCCAUUCGCUCUGCGUCCCCUAACGUUGAAAUCGUCAAAGAGCCAUCGGGCAUCAGAAAACCCAUGUCUUCUCUCCUCCAUUCACAGAUCCCAACCGGGCCAAAGCCCGCGCCGGGAACACCUCAGGAUCGGUUCAAGAACGCCGUUUUGGCCAAUCCUUUGGUGGGUACAAAGACUCCGCUUGUCCCGGGAAGCUGGGCGGGAAGCUGGGCGGGUCCUCAGCCAGUGUUCCGAUCCCAUGCUGGCAAUACCUUCUUCUCACAGAGCCAGGAGCGUGUGAAGGACGAUAUGCACGGGGGCUUUGGGAGAUCGCAAGCCCCCGGCAUGACGAAGACGAAGGUAGCCACGGCUGCAGUAGUCAAACCUCCUGUUGGACCCCCUGGUUAUGCAAGUGACCAGACCUUCCAAAUCCGCAGUUUCACCGCGAGCCGCCUCUCUACCAACCCUCCAGUUGGUAACAUUCCGAAGGGGCCGAAGAAGGAUCAGCCUCAGGUAUCUCUGCCGCCGAGGGUUUCAACCUCCCAUGACCCAGACGCUAAGAAGAAACUGUCAUUGAGAUGUCAGUCGCUUGGAUUUAACCCUGAAUGGGUUUUGUCGGGAAGUUUGCGCGGCAAGUGCAGUUACGACGUUAAGCUCAAAGACAUCAUAGUCAAGAAUGACGGUUUGCAUGAUGGAGAGCAACCGGCAAAGGCCGCAGUUGCAGCUAAGGCGCUGAAUGAUUCAGAGCUUUGGAGAAAACUGGAGCUCUGUUCCCGCCCUUCCGGGUCUUCCAAGGCCUCUACGGCCAACCAUACCAAUGGGUCCUCAGCCACAUCAACAAGCAACUCUCACCAGAACACCUCUCGCCAGACUCGCCAGAGUAACACUCGCCGAAGCUCGGCCGCAGUCAAGAGAGAUCCGGUUGGCGAGCCAGGUAGCUUGGAUAUGGUCGUGAGGCGCACUACCGACGAGAGUGAUCGGCUCAAGCUUCUGAUCAUGCUUCAGAAGUACGUUGGGUCCUCGAUACCCAACUACGCCGAUCGUCCCGAUGUCUGCAAAGCUUUUUUUGA